AUGGCCAGCUUACAAUCCAACAAAGGUCCCGGCAAAGACCAGUCCGGCCUCCGAUAUCCCAGUAACGGCAAGACCAUCUACCACCGGCCAUUAAACCGAACCAAAACGAGCGAACUGAGCCAAGCGAGCUUUGCGUACCUCUUUUCUGAAAUGGUCAGCUACGCACAAAAACGAGUAAGAGGGAUCCAGGAUCUUGAGCAACGCCUCAACGCCCAAGGCCACCCCAUCGGCCUCAAACUCCUCGACCUCCUCAUCUACCGCGAACCCCCCCGCAACCAACUCCGCCCCCUAACCAUCAUCGCCCUCCUACACUUCAUCAAGCAAUCCGUCUGGACGCACCUCUUCAACCGGCAAGCCGACCGCCUCGAAAAGUCGGCCAACCCGGAGACCCCCGAGGAGUACAUGAUUAUCGACAACGAGCCCCUCGUCAACGCGUACAUCAGCGUGCCGCGCGAGAUGUCGCAGCUCAACUGCGCGGCCUUCGUGGCGGGCAUCGUCGAGGGCGUUUGCGACGGCGCUGGGUUCCCCGCCAAGGUUGGGGCUCAUUCGGUGGGGAGUGAUAGUAGGGAUGGGCAGAUGUGGCCGGGGAAGACGGUGUUUUUGGUUAAGUUUGCGCCGGAGGUGUUGGAGAGGGAGGCGUACUUGGGGAAGAGCUAA